CAUCCAAAUGAUUCGUAACUCGGGUCACAGCCCAAGCUCGUCGUAAUAUAAAAUCCUUAUGAGAUAUCCCGCAAAAAAGAAUACCCACUGAAAAAGAAAAUACCGUUCCCUCCAAUUCUCUCCAAACCCUCGAAUAAAAAAAAAAAUCCCCAAAACCCAAACCCUCAACACACGCUCAAAGGUGUAGAAAGUCGGUGGUAAUGGGGAAAGACGAAGAUGAGAUGAGGGGUGAAAUUGAGGAGAGAUUGAUCAACGAGGAGUACAAGAUUUGGAAGAAGAACACGCCGUUUCUUUACGAUCUGGUUAUUACUCACGCACUUGAAUGGCCUUCGCUUACUGUAGAAUGGUUACCGGACCGUGAAGAGCCGGCGGGAAAGGAUUAUUCGGUUCAGAAGAUGAUUUUGGGGACUCAUACAUCGGAAAAUGAGCCUAAUUAUCUUAUGCUUGCUCAGGUUCAGCUUCCGCUUGAAGAUGCUGAGAAUGAUGCUCGACAUUAUGAUGAUGAUCGGUCUGAAUUUGGCGGAUUUGGUUGUGCUAAUGGAAAGGUACAAAUAAUCCAGCAGAUAAAUCAUGAUGGAGAGGUUAAUCGGGCUCGAUAUAUGCCCCAAAACCCAUUUAUCAUUGCGACCAAGACAGUUAGUGCAGAAGUAUAUGUUUUUGACUACAGUAAACAUCCAUCUAAGCCUCCUCUAGAUGGUGCAUGCAAUCCAGAUUUGAGGUUAAGAGGCCAUAACACGGAAGGUUAUGGCUUGUCAUGGAGUCAAUUUAAGCAGGGUCAUUUAUUGAGUGGUUCAGAUGAUGCUCAGAUAUGUUUAUGGGACAUUAAUGCCACUCCCAAAAAUAAGGCUCUAGAUGCUAUGCAGAUAUUUAAGGUUCAUGAAGGUGUUGUAGAGGAUGUAGCCUGGCAUCUGAGGCAUGAGUAUUUAUUUGGCUCUGUUGGGGAUGAUCAGUAUCUUUAUGUAUGGGAUCUGCGAACUCCAUCAGUGUCCAAACCUGCACAUUCUGUAAUCGCACAUCAAAGCGAGGUUAACUGCUUAGCUUUCAACCCCUUUAACGAAUGGGUUGUAGCAACAGGGUCUACAGAUAAGACGGUUAAAUUAUUUGAUCUACGCAAGAUUUCUACUGCACUGCAUACUCUGGACUGUCACAAGGAGGAAGUUUUCCAGGUUGGUUGGAAUCCGAAGAAUGAAACCAUCUUGGCUUCUUGUUGCCUUGGUAGGAGACUCAUGGUUUGGGAUCUCAGCAGGAUCGAUGAAGAACAAACUCCAGAAGAUGCAGAAGAUGGACCACCAGAGUUGCUCUUUAUUCACGGUGGCCAUACAAGUAAAAUUUCAGACUUCUCAUGGAACCCAUGUGAAGAUUGGGUCGUCGCUAGUGUUGCGGAGGAUAAUAUACUACAAAUUUGGCAGAUGGCUGAAAACAUCUACCAUGAUGAAGAUGACAUACCCGGAGAUGAUGCUCCCAAAUGUCCCUAGGAUACUAACAUAGCCCUCAGAGGGGUAUUGUAACAUCAAGUAUGAGUUUCUCAAAAUGUUCCCCUCCACCCCUCCUUCCGCUCUGCGUAUUUUUUCCUUUUGGAACUUAGCUUCUUUCUGCUGUCUUGGUAUCUAUGGUUGUUACUUUAACAACUUAUUUUCAUCUUUUAACAUUUCAUCUAUGUAUUUAGGGGGGGAAAAGCUGAGCCCACUCCUUCCUCUUUAGUUCUUUUUUUU